UCCAGUGUACUUAUGUUUUAUUCUUUUCUUUAGUGUCGUGGCGGCGUGGCUCUUCUCACAGUUUGAAUUUGACUUUCAAGAAGAAGUGGCAAUAAAACAGGCCAAAAUCCAUAUUUCAGGAGUUGAGGCAAGAGUGCUGAAAUGCGUGUUGGGUAAAGAUAAUAUUAAAUGUUUCUGCAAGUGGCAGGUCAAAUUUCUGCUGGCAAGGCAUUCCGGAGUAUUCCAGCCUAUAUAUACAAUGCUGUCCAACUUUUUAUCUCUCCACACACCGGAAGACCAGCAUGUUGUGAGGCAAAGGCCGGGGAAGGAAUUUAAGGUAAGGCUGACGCAAAAUUUGAGACCAAACAUGGCAACCAGCAUGGAGUAAAACCAGACAAAGUAGAAAAGUGACCAAAGAUGGCCGUCUACCUCCGUUACAGCGUCUGAUCCUACCUCCAAAAUCUUAAAAUUGCCAGUUCUGCAUCAGUGCCCCCCCCCACAAAAAAAAACAUCACUUUCUCCCUGCCUGUUUUUUUUUUUUUUUUAACCAGUUGUUGCAUCAAUGAAUAGUAACUUUACCGUGAGGUCCUAUCACGACACUUGCAUCUUUUCUACUGUAUUCUCACACACACACACACAACGCCUUUCCGAAAACACCAAUCCAAGUCAGGAACCUCUUCUCGGACACCCGGUCAUGGGUAACUCUUGAUAUCCUCCGCCUUUGUGUGCUUCCGCCUUUCACCGAUGAGUAUGCGUCCAUUUAUGCCCCCGUCUUGAGUGGGGUUCAUAAAAGAAGCCUCAGCUAAGGGAGCAUCGGUGUGUCUUAAUGGUAGCGCAGGUCCUGGCCUCACUCCUGGAGGCUUUCACACGUCUUGCUUCCCCGCCCGAUCCUGCUCUCCAGUUACUCCCCACUGUCCUCCCGCAACAAAGCCCCCGACUCAGCGCCCUGCGAACCCCCUUUCCCACACCCCAUCAACGCAUACCCACCUGAGAUUUCAUCCAUUUGCUAUCGGGCGAGCAUCUCCGGAGACUGCUUGUCUUGCGGAUUCUCGCGCGUGACGCUUUGCCUAAUUAAAUAGGAAGCGAGAUGUAGUACCCUGAGUGACUCGUGUGAAUUCCGUAAUUUGAGCUCGAUUGAAGGAACAGACGGUUUCUUCGUAAGAUGCUACCGUUAAAAAAAAAAAAAAAAGAAACAAAGCAAAAAGACCAAAUUCAAGCGAUCUUCCGUUAGCGUCGUUAGCGGCUGAGAUAAAAAGCGUUAUAUCUCAGCCGUUUUACGCUUACUAAAUUUUCACCACUAAAUCACCCAAAACAACCGUUUUUCCUAAAACGCGUCCCCGAAUAAUUCUCUUUCCAGACCAAAAAAUAAAUAAAAAUUAAAACUGCAAUCAUGGUUUUCCCUAAACUGGACUUUUCCGUUCUUAAACGUUAACAUCUCUCCAUCAUUAUUCGACAUCUCCACCUCCCUCCACUCCUUCACUUCCUGACAUUCCUGCCCCGUCCGUCCCUCCCUUCGCCCACCCCAGCCCACAUCUCCUCCCCUCUGAUCCCCACUUAAAUUGAAGUCGGUCCUGCGAAAGUCGCCUCUUGCGCACUUUCGACACAUGACCGACCGCUUUCAGAGGACUCGUGUUUGAUUUGCGGAAGCUGGAAAUCGGACGCCGUCCACCUGUUUGACCCGCGGAUGCUCGUCCGCUGGAUGGGACUGCGCCGCGUGGAGGUUGCCAGGUUGGAUUAGAUGAGUGCCCCACGCCCAUCUCGUCAAGGCAGGAUGGUGACACCAGACAUUGCGGUCCUUCUGCUCUUGAUCGUCAGCGUCGCCGCCUGCACGAGAAUUGCUACUCGGGAUGUCUUGUAUCCAUUUGGACCCGCCCACAUGGAUCUGGAGACCCCCAAGAUGGAUGACGGGAGCUCCCCUGAGAUUCCUCUGCUUGUGCCCUUCAUUUUCUUCAGUACCCCCUACCGCACCAUCUACGUCAACAACAAUGGCGUGAUAUCCUUCAGCGAGCAUGUGAGCCAGUUUACGCCAGAAGCGUUCCCCCUGAGCGACAGCCGGUCCUUCAUCGCCCCCCUCUGGGCGGAUGUGCACAACGGGAUCCGUGGAGACAUCUACUACAGGGAAACCACCCUGCCGCAGAUACUGGAGAGGGCGACGCAUGACGUGCGCCGGCAUUUCAAGAACAUCCCCGACUUCACGGCCACCUGGGCCUUUGUCGCCACGUGGCAUCAGGUCACCUUCUACGGCGGGAGCCAGACCACCCCGGUGAACACAUUCCAAACUGUGCUAAUCUCAGAUGGUGCCGUGUCCUUCGCCUUGUUCAUCUAUGAGGAAAUCACUUGGAGCACAGGCACGGCCAGUGGCGGAGAUCCGCUUACCGGACUAGGUGGCACCACAGCUCAGUCAGGUUUUAAUGGCGGGGAAGUUGGACAAUUCUUGAACCUGCCGGUAUCGCGGAGCAACGAUGUGGUGAACAUUGAACAGACGACCAAUGUGAACAUUCCCGGACGCUGGGUCUUCCGCGUCGACCCGGAGCUGAUCGAUCCCGCCAAUGGCUGCAGUUACAAUGGUCGUUUUUACAGACGAGGGGAGGUCUUCUGGCUGUCGGACCGCUGCUCGCAGCGAUGCCGCUGCCUGGAUGUGGACAACGAGGUGCUCUGCCAAGACGCUCGGUGUGGCCAACUGGAGACCUGCGAGCAGCAGGAAGGAGCUUUCUACUGCCAGCCCACCCGCACCAGUACCUGCGUGGUGUUCGGCGACCCGCACUACCAUACCUUCGACGGUCUCCUCUACCACUUUCAAGGAACCUGUACCUACCUGCUGGCUCGGCCUUGCUGGGAAGCGGCCGGGCUGCCCUUCUUCAGCGUACAGGCCAAAAACGAGGACCGCGGCGUGUCUGCCGUCUCCUGGUUGAGAGAUGUAACCGUGGAGGUGUACGGUCACCGAGUCACGUUGCUGAAAGGAACUUUGGGAACUGUUGAGGUGGAUGACUUGUUGAAGACUUUACCGGUUCAGCUUCAACUCGGUGCCGUUAGAAUCUACCAGUCCGGGUUGGCUGUCGCUUUAGAAACAGACUUUGGACUCUUGGUGACGUACGAUGGGCAGCACUACGCCUCCAUCUCCCUGCCGAGCUCUUACUUCAACAACACGUGCGGCCUCUGCGGGAACUACAACGACGACCCCGCCGACGAUCCCGUCCUUCCCGACGGCACCCUUGCGGAAACCGUGGCCGAGCUGGGCGGCGGCUGGCGAGCCGAGGGCGCUGACUGGCAUUGCACCGACGGUUGCGUGGACAACUGCAGUGUGUGCGACGCGCAAACGGAGGCCUUCUUCUUUGGGCCGGACUACUGCGGACUCAUAAACAAAACGGACGGCCCGUUCAGGGACUGCAGAGCUGUGGUGGAUCCCACCGCCUUCGUGUUCAGUUGCGUCUAUGAUAUGUGUAGCAACAAGGACAACAUCACGACACUCUGCCACGCCAUCCAGGCCUACGCUCUGGCCUGUCAGGCACUGGGCGUCACCAUCCGUCGCUGGAGGUCUCGCACGUUCUGUGCGCUGACAUGCCCGCCGUUUAGCCACUACCAAGUGUGCACCAGCGCCUGUCCAGCCUCCUGCUCGGAUGUCACCGCACCCUUGUACUGCGCCCACCCUUGCACCGAGGGCUGCCGGUGCAACCAAGGCUACGUCCUCAGCGGCAGCCAUUGCGUCCAGCUGGACGACUGUGGCUGUGAGCACAACGGCCUCUAUUACCCACUCAAUGACACUUUUUGGGCCGGGCCAGACGGUCGCGAAGGCGAAUGUAGCCUCCGCUGCGUCUGCGCGGCCGCGGGCCAAAUCUCUUGCUUCAACAAGUCUUGCAAGGAGGGCGAGGUGUGCGCGGCGGAGGUGGGCACGCUGGGUUGCUACCCUCGGCGGGAGGGGCUGUGUUCAAUGGCUCAGAGCGCUGUGACAUCAUCCUUUGACGGCGCCUUCCUGCUGUUCCCAGAUGACAGCUCCUACUACCUGCUGAGGCUCUGUGGCGCUGUGCCCGCUAAUGGCUCAAUGGUGGAGGUGAAGAUAGGCAGACGGCUGGUGAACAAAGGCCCUGCUUGGAAAAGACCUGUGGUAGUUACGGUUGCUAGCCUGGAGGUUCAUCUGGGAGGGCUGGAUUUAGAAACAGUCAAGGUCAACGGCGAACCAAUCGCCCUCCCCUACGUCCAUCCGACGCAAACUAUAAAGGUCUACAGGGCAUCAGGCAACGCCACAGUGGUGGAAUCCCGACCUCAUCUUCGCGUUCACUACGCACAAAGCGGAUCCAUCAACAUCUCGCUCUCCGUCGCAUUUUACAACGUCACCUGCGGCCUGUGCGGAGUCUUCAACGGCGAUCCCGCCGACGACUUCCGCCUCCCCAACGGACGCCUAGCCGAGUCGGCCUCGCAGUUCUCGGAUGGCUGGCGUUCCAUCGCUGAUGACAUCAGCUGCAACGGAGACUGCGACGACUUGUACCGUACGUGCACGGACCUGCGCCUCUACCAGAGUCCGAGGAUGUGCGGCAACAUCAACGACCCCGGGAACGGCUCUUUCGUGGCGUGUCACGGUGCCGUCAACCCGUCGCCGUUUUUCCGGAACUGCUUGUACAACAUGUGCGUGAAGGACGGCAACCGCUCGGCGCUGUGCUCCUCGCUGCAAGCUUACGCCGCCGCCUGCCAGGAUGCUCAGGUGGUCCUCACUUCUUGGAGGACGGCCACCGACUGCCUGCUUCCCUGUCCGGCCAACAGCCAUUUCGACGAGUGCGCCAGCGCCUGCCCCCUAACGUGCGCCGGGCUGGACCAGCCGGAGGUGCCCUGCCCGUUGCCGUGCGGCGAGGGCUGCCGUUGCACGGACGGCUUCGCCCUGCGGGACGGUCUGUGCGUGUCGCACGGCGACUGCGGCUGUGCCGGCCCCGAUCCGGACCGCCGGCUGCCCGCCAACCACACUUUCUGGACGGACCGGGACUGCCUGGAGCGCUGCUACUGCAAUGGGUCGGACAACGACGUGUACUGCCUUGCGGCGCCUUGCCUCCCCGAGGAGUACUGCCAGGAGGAUAACGGGUUGUACUACUGCAGGCCUCGCACCGAGGCCCUUUGCGUGGCGGCCGGUUACGGGCACUUCCUGCCAUUCGGCGGCGUCCCGUUUGAGCUACAGAGCUCUUGUAGACUGAGCUUGGCCACCACGCGUUGCGGGGGCGGAGACGGCGCAAGCUCGAAUGGAAGCUUGCCUCCGUUUAAAUUAUUAGCUCUUAAUGAGGACAGGGAAACGGGACAAGGGGUUUGGGUGAGAGGUUUCGUGCUGGAGGUCUUUGACUUUGAGAUCGAGGUGUCCCGAAGUUACAAGAACACCGCCGUGGUGAAUGAGGAACGCCUUUCCCUUCCCGUGAGGCUCGGCCCGGGAAAGGUCACCAUCUUUACUUUGGGCGCGCUGCUGGUCCUGGAGACGGACUUUGGUCUCAAGGUGGCCUUCGACUGGAACACCCUGCUUGUGUUGACUUUACCCCGUCACCUCUACAACGCAUCCUGCGGCCUCUGCGGGGGCUUUCCUUCAGCGCCGGCCGCCCGCGGCGUCGACGAUUGGGCCGCAACCUGGGCUGACAGGGACGCUUUCUGCCAGGUGGGCUGCGGCGACUCGUGCCCAAGGUGCGGCCCCCCGCCGGACGAUGGCGCUAUUGCUUCGGCCGACGACGACGACGACACGGACGACGAACGAGCCUCGGAACUCCGCCUCCGAGACGGUCUCUACGUCUUUGCGGAGCCUGAGGCGGCGAGGCUGUGCGCCCUGACUGCGGAUCGACAGGGUGCGUUUGCACGCUGUCACGGCAAGGUGGCGCCAGAGUUCUUUUACCGAAGCUGCCUGCGGGACAUCUGCUUGGAUGGGGGCGCUCAGGAAACCGUCUGCGGUUGGCUGCAGGCCUACGCCACCACCUGUCAAAUGCAAGGGGUACCUACUACCGGCUGGAGGCGCGGUGCGCCAUGUGUCCAGAGGUGUCCGCCGAACAGCCAUUACUCCAGCUGCGUGCCGGUCUGCCCGCCCCAGUGCGCCCCCGCCCGCAACCAGAGGGACUGCAGCCAGGAUUGCGUUGAGGGCUGCCAAUGUGACCAGGGCUUUGUUCUCAACGGCAAAAGCUGCAUCCUGCCUCAAGACUGCGGCUGCUACACUGACGGGAAGUACUACGAGUCCAAACAGCUGUUCUGGAAUGGCGAUUGCUCCAAACGUUGCCGGUGCAUCGGCCGCAACCUGGUCCACUGCAACCCGCGGCGCUGCAAGGCGGACGAGGAGUGCGGCCUGCGCCACGGCGCGCGCGGCUGCUUCGCGCGACGCUCCCAGCAGUGCGUGGCGUCGGGCGGAGGCGUGUUCAAGACCUUUGACGGCGCCUCGCUGCGCCUGCCCGCCUCUUGCUCCUUUGUGCUGUCCACCAACUGCCACAAGCUGCCCGACCUCUCGUUCCAGCUCAUCGCCAACUUCGACAAGUGGAGCGUGCCCAACCUCACCGCCAUUUCACAUGUCUACCUCUACAUCAACGAGGAGAAGAUCCUCGUCUCGGGCAACAUGGUCAAGGUGAACGGCACCCCGGUGUCGAUGCCUUUCGUGACCGGUCUGAUGACGCGGCUGUCGGCGUCGGAGGGCUUCGUCGACAUCCACUCGCCGCAGGACAUCCGGGUGCGCUACAACCGCUUCAACGCGCUGAGUGUCAGCAUGGGGGCGCGGUUGCGGGACAAGCUGUGCGGCCUGUGCGGCAACUUCAACGGCGACCCCGCCGACGACUACAUCACCUCCACGGGGAGGGCGGCCGGCAGCGCUCUGGAGCUCGCCCAGAGCUGGAAAACUAACGGCAUUCAGGACAGGUGCGACGAGACCCAUUACGUGGCCCUGGCCCGGUCGUGCGACAACGCGGCCGUGCUGGCGCUGCAGCGUGAGGACGCGUGCCUGAAGCUGACCGAGCCCAAGGGGUUCUUCCAGCCGUGCCACGGCCUGCUGGACCCGCGACCCUUCUACCGGUCCUGCUACCUGGAUGGCUGCUACAACCGGCGCGGCGCCCAAGUGUGCGGCUCGCUGGCCGCUUACGCCGAGGCCUGCCGCUCCAUGGGCGUCCUCACCACCGAGUGGAUCGCUCAAGAGAAUUGCUCAGAAUGGAUCGACGACCCCUGCGCAACAGAGACCUGCACAAACUUCACAUGCGAGCUGGAGAAUGGUGGCGACCUGUGCGGAUGUCCUGAGUUGCCCCCCAGCCCCGAAGGCGACGACGACGUGAUCGAGGCGGAGGUGAUGUGCAAGCCCGCCGUGAUGGAGGUGUCCAUCUCCAAGUGCAAGCUCUUCCAGCUGGGCUUCCGGCGCGGCGACGUGCGCGUCAACGACCGGCGAUGCGCCGGCGUGGAGGGAGAGGACUACAUCUCAUUCCACAUCAACAACACCAAAGGACACUGCGGCUCCAUCGCGCACUCGAACGGCACGCACAUCACGUACAAAAACACCGUGUGGAUCGAGAGCGUCAACAACACGGGCAAUGUCAUCACUCGGGACAAAACCGUCAAUGUGGAGUUCUCCUGUGCCUACGAGCUGGACCUGAAAAUCUCGCUGGAGACGGUCCUCAAACCCAUCCUCAGCGUGAUCAACCUCACCCUGGCCACCCAAGCGGGCAACUUCAUCACCAAGAUGGCGUUGUACAAGAGUGCCUCAUACCGCCAGCCCUACGGGGAGGGCGAGGUGGUCCUCAGCACCCGGGACGUCCUCUACGUGGGCGUCUUCGUGGAGGGCGCCGACGAAAACCAGCUCAUCCUGGUGGUCAACACGUGCUGGGCCACGCCGUCGCGCAACAGCAGUGACCGACUCCGCUACGUCAUCAUCGAGCGAGGAUGCCCCAACGCCAAGGACAACACCAUCGGCAUGGCGGAAAACGGCGUGUCGCUCGCCUGCCGCUUCCACGUCACCGUCUUCAAGUUCAUCGGCGACUACGACCAGGUGCACCUGCACUGCGACGUUUCGCUGUGCGACGCUGAGAGGCACGCCUGCAAAGUGAAUUGUCCGCCCAAGAGGAGGAUGGCGUCCAAGGAUGGGUUACUAAAAGAUCACAUUCUCAGUGUUGGACCCAUUCGAAGACGAUUGUCGGACUGGUGCGAGGAGGACAACGGCGGCUGUGAGCAGAUGUGCACCAGUAAGCCGAUUGGUCCCGUGUGCAGCUGCGUCACCGGGAUGCUGCAAGCUAACGGGAAGACCUGUCAAACUCUGAGUUCCAGCUGCACACUCCCACCCGCUCCACCUGUGCUGAGUGCCGUCGUUUCCGCGUACCUACUUCUCUUUCGCUGACGGACUAUCGUGCACAGAAGAGACUUGAACAUGCCAGAAAGGCCGUCGGUUCGAUUCGUCACUUCCACCUUAUUCUGUCCUUCGCUCUUUCUAAGGGUCGUCGCACUUGAUGUCCCAAGGUGUGUUUUCUGUCAUCAUCACUAGGUGGUGGUGAAGGACGAACAUUUUAGUCUUCAAAUGUCCUCCCAAUACGGGCGGGGGAACCUCUGGUGGGAAGGUACGCUUUGCAAGUUCUCAUUUUCAGGGAAAAGCCUUCAGAGUUAACAUCAAGACAUGUUUAAUUUUACACAGGAAAAAAACAAGAAAGUAUAAGAGAAAAAAAUCUGAAAAAGUUUCGGCAAUUGACAAAGAAAACAUAUUUUUUUUCCUAAGAAUUACGUUCUAAUCGUAAAAAUUAUUUGCAAAAAGGUUCCCCAGCCCCCGAUUAGUCGAGGGAUUGUACAGACGUCAAUCGAGUAACGCGGCGCUGUACCUCAGGAAAUUCCCUCAUGCGUGACUUUGGCCGUGUUGUCUAAACACGACAUGUGACGACGUCUGGUCUGCUUUUUUUUUUUUUUCAUUUGUUCUUUUCAGAGACCGGGACGAGGUGGUGUGUUUUCAUUUUGAAAGGUGACAUGCUUUUACUGAGAAAUGAUGACCGCCUCAAUGUGAUCUUAAAAUCGUGAUCGGUCCGUUGAUUCCAAACUGUUUUAGGGACCCACCAAGUCCUAGACGUAAAUGCAGAUGGUCCAAGAUGAUUUUUUUGUUAGAAUACAAAUUCAUUCUUUUAACAUAACUGUACAACUUUAUUCUAACAUUGAAAAAAAAAUUGUCAAAAUGUUGACACGUGACUAUUGCUGCUCGAUUUGCGAAAUUUUUAUUCUUGCAAUAUUCCGACUCUUCUCAUGACAUUGACUUUGUUUCUCAAAAUUGUGCACGUUAUUUUAAGAUGUUUUGACAAUUCUCAUAACAACUUUUCGCGCAAACAGUCUUUCUCGAGCUUUUAUUCAUUUUAACUAUAACAACGUGAUAGUAUGAUUUUAAUUUGACAUUUUGACGUUGUUCCCCAAAAUCUUUAGCUUUUUUUUGGUCUUGUUACGGCCCACGAUAUUUUGUGACGGUAAAUUGUGUAUUUGGGAUGUGGGUGUUAAAAAUUUACCAUUGAAGGGUCGUUUCAAUUCUCUUAGUAAAAUGUUUUACCUUAGAAUAUUCCGACUUUAAUCCCAUAGCAACACUAAUGAUUUUGUCUAAUUUUUAUUUUUUUGGGUAAUAACCGACUUUUUUUUUGUGUGUGGGUGGCUCUCAUGAUGACGUGUUUUUUUUUUCUUCUAAUAAUCACUCCCACUUGUUCUGUACAUUUGUGACGAAGUAAUGAAAGAAAUGUUUUAUGUGACUUUUGAAUAAAAAGUUCUCGUCGUCCAUGCGACCGACAUUGUUGCCUUGUUGGUCAUGCCCCACCAAAUAUUCAUCCGGCAUUGAAUAUGUCGACAAGCCCUGUAGUGUAAUGUCUUUCCUAAUUCUUUUGUCUGGAUAUAAACAGUAAGAAAACAAACAUA